AUGGGGCGACAGCCGGCCACCAAGCGCAGCAAAGCGAUCAAGGCAAGCGUUAUGCACACUCCGGAUGCUUCUGCACCACGUGACAAGGCCGUUGUUAGCACGCCCGCCCUGCGCCGCGGCGUGCGGCACCGCCGCAGCGGUGCACAGGAGCACGUUGAGGAGGAGGGCCUGCUGCCCCCAGAGCUGCUGCAACUAGUGGGUGCCACCUUGGAGGCAUCAGAACUAGCGGCAGCAUCCCUGGUAUGCCGGCUGUGGAGCCGGUCGCUGCGCGGAGGCGUCACCCGCCUGACGACCCACCUGCUGCCCGACGCCCCCUCCAACGCGGACAAGGCCCGCGCCCUCACCCGCGCCACGCCGCACCUGUCCAGCCUGCACGCCCACUUCGGCUCGCGCUGCAGCACUGGCGCACUCGCCGCCUUCUUUUUGGGCCUGCGCGGCAUGGAGCGCCUGCGCGAGCUGCGGGUCACGGCCUGGGUGCCUUACGCGCCCCAGAAGGGCGCAUGGCCGCUCGGCUGCUUUGCGCACUUGGACCUGAGGGGCGUCACCAAGCUGGUGGUGGACGGCGCGGCCAUGGCUGAGAACGAGAUGCUGGGCGUCAUCACCGGCGCCGCGAGCGCGCGCUGCCUGGUGUCCCUCGUGCUCAACCCCGGCGCGUGGCCCUACUUCACGCAGCUGGACGAGUUCCAGGCCCCCGCCUGGCUGCAGCCCGCGGCGCCGGGGGCGGCCCUCACGGGCGUACCCAGGAUGCCCGCCAGCGCCCUGGCCGGCCUGGUGGCGCGGAAGCUGCCCGGCCUGCAGGCCCUGACAGCCGCGGCUGACGCGCACGACCAGGCGGAGUUCUUUUUGGAGCUGCGGCGGCUGGGGGCGCUGAGCAGCCUGGACCUGCUGGGAGGGGCGCCGGUGCAGAGCAAGGCGCUGCAGGUGAUCUCAUCGCUGACGUCGCUCCGCGAGCUGCGCCUGCAGCCGGCGCUCCUCAACACCCCCCAGGCGCUGGAGGAGCACUCCCUCCUGGCCCUGCCGCACGUCAGGCGCCUCGGCGUCAGGCUGUGCCGCCGCCCCGCCGAGCCCCUGUGCCGCGACCUCUGCGCGCUCACCCGACGCCGCGCCCCCGCGGCCCUGGUUGACCUCGAGCUCUCAAAGUGCGUCUGGUCGGCGGAGGCCGGCGCCUGCGUCGCCGCGCUGACCGCGCUCACGCGCCUGCGCCUGGAGCGGCUGGAGUGCGUGCGGCCCGCGCGCGCGUCGGCGUCGGCGUCGCGGGCGGCGAUGAGCGUGGACCUGACGCCGCUGGUGGCGCUGCGGGGGAUGCGGUGCUUCGAGCUGACCGGGGCGACCGGCAGCGUGGCCGGCGUCGUGCAGGGCCUGGGCAGGCUGUGGGCCGCGUGGGCGGCCACCCUGGAGGACGUGCAGCUGGUUGACCUGGCGGUGGCUGAGCUCGACCCCCCGGCCACCCUGCCAGCCCUGCGCGCGUGCGGCGCGCUCACCAGCCUGCGCCUGCUGCUGCGCGAGCCCAUGGCGCCCGAGGUGGCGGUGGUGGACGUGGGGGCGCUGCCGGCGCGGCUGACGCAGCUGGCGCUGAGGCAUGUGGUGGUGACGGCCUGCGCCGCGGCGGAGCGCAGCGUGGAGCUGGUGGCUAUGCCAUGGCUGCGAGAUGAGGACUUUGCGGCCAUUGGGCGGCUGACAGCGCUCACGUCACUGCUGGUCUGCGCAUCGGGGACGAUGACGGUGACCCACGCCGCGCUGCAGUCACUGGGCGGCCUGGAGAGGCUGCGGCAGCUUCGGUGGCACGUUGGUGACGUCACCGACCUGCUGCCAGAUGUGGCCAGCCUCAGGAGCCUGACGUCCCUGGUGUCCCUGCACCUGCCCAGCUACCUGCACGGCCAGUUUGCCAGGUGGAGUGCCUACUUUGCGCUGCCCCCACUCUGCGACGUGCACGUGGAGAUGCCGCUGCCGUGA